AUGACAACACCUAAAGCUACUCAGAUUGCAAAGGACAUCGACAGUUGCCGUUGUAGAGGCAACUGGGAAGCCAUUCCAGAACUUGCUCGACGAUACCGAAAGCACAAUCCCGAAGGAGCUGUUCUCGAGAAGACUAUUCUUGCAGAGGCAUCCCUCGCGAACCUCGUUGGUAAUGCCCACGACUCUGCCUCAUUUUUUAAAGACUCGCCUACACAUAUCACUCUCCCUCCUCGUCUUACUACAAACCAAGUCCGACCUAUUCAAAACCAACUCGAGUCUGUUUUACAGAUAUCAACAGGCUCUGAUAAUCAUACCACUAAGGAGCUCGCCAAAGUAAUAUUGGCUCGCACAUACCAUGAGAGUGGCGAAUUUGAAAAGGCAUUGGAAUAUGUGGAUCAAUUGAAGUCACUGAAACCUGAUGUAAAGACAGGCUACAAUUUCAUUCUCUUUUUACAGGCAAGGGUUAUCAAAGCCAUUUGUUUGGAAUUGACCGGGAAUAUCGAAGAUGCCCUGGUUAGUUACGAAGACAUUGCUUCAUUUAUUGAUAGUCAUGAAGGACAAAAGGAACCUGCUUUAGUCGAAUGGGCAGAAGAUGCUCUUUAUAGAGGUACUUUGCUGGGUUUGCGUGAAAUGUCACAAUCUACACCAAAUAUUUUAAGCAUCUUGCGCGCUUACCAAGACAUUACUACUACACAAAACUUCAAUUGGCGUAUGCACAAACGUAUGGUUAUCUCGCGUCAUUCUCUUCGCUUCCUAUCCGACGUUUAUCGCCAGGGCAACUAUAGUCCUCCAAAAAACCAGCCUAUAGAAACAACUGGACUUAAUGGAGCACAGCUGGAACGUCAAUUAUUCGCAAUUGAAGUUAGUUCAAUUCACAUAGUCUAUGAGAAAAUGCUUUACACUGGCAUGGAGUUUCCUCGAUCUGGCGAGGUCAACAAGCCUGUUUUAGACUACGUUGAUCAGUUGGCAGAAGAUUUCAAGCUUAUCGGAGGAUCGUCUAUUGAAUUCAGAGCAUUUAUUGAGGCUUUGGAUAGGGCUGCUCAACAUACUUUCAACUCGCCCCGGAUUACACGUCAUUUGUUUAAUACAUUGGUUCUAUUGGGAGAAUACGAAGAAGCCGAACACGCUCUCCACUCAUACAUGUAUCUGGUUGGUUUGACAUCUCAAGCUUGGGAAGAAGACAGGUCAAAGGGGGUUGCAUUGGCUACUGAUGCUCAAGGCCACAGUAUACCUAUUCCUAAUUUCUCUGCCACUGACGAUGAAGAAGAUCAGGAAAUGGCCUCACACCGCAGUAUUGAGCACGAAUCGAUUGACAAUGUAUUAGGAGUGCUGUUAAAAGCAGUAAAGAUUUAUUGCAAUGAACUCAAUUUAGGCGUGAGAGCUGUGGAAAUGGCUGAAAUGGCGUUGAGAAAGUUAAGAGAGAUUAACCAGGAGCUAGUGGGAGACGAGGAAUGGACAGAUCUUGGAGGGAAAGUGUACAGAUCUGUGGGUGUAGCCUACAGCUUGCUGGCUACUCAGACCAGUGAUCCCGCUCUGCGUCCUACGUAUCACGAGAAAGCUGUGCACUAUUUAACCAAAUCGAUCGACAUUGACCCGAAUGCCUGGGAGUCCCACUAUCAGCUUGCUCUUGAACAAGCAUACAUGAGAGAUGUUCUUCAGGCAAUCCAGUCUAUCACAAAGUCCAUACAGGCCAAUCCUGGACACUUACCGUCCUGGCAAUUGCUCACCCUUGCAUGCUCGUGCCCUGUCCGUAACGAUAUCAGUUAUGCCAUAAAGGUGUGCGAUAUGGGGUUACAAGAAUCCCAGAUUGAUGCGUCUGAUGACAACCAGACAAAUGCUAGUGGAUACAGUGGUGGCACUAAAAACACUUUGGCUGGAUAUGCUAUAUCAGAACAACACAUCUCAUUACAGAUCACUCAAAGCCUACUGUUGAACGCUACUCUGGGAGCGGAGGCUGCAUUGCAGUCACAAGAGAAUAUAUUUACAUCUUAUAGCAAAAUUGCUAUCCCAGACUAUUCUAUGAGCUCUACAAGUCUAUCUCACGACCCAUCUGCUGCAGCCUACAAUAACCACAAGAUUGUUGUUUCAGGAUCCUUUGGAAAUCUUAGUGAAAUUCAAUUAGCAGCCGAGCAGAAGAUGAGACGCGGAAGAAGUUCGAGCAACGUGAGCAGUAUCGGUAGUAUGGUGGAUCAGCCACGCAUGACCCCCGAUGGUUCCAGUCCAAGUUACCCAGGCGGAGGAUUUUUAGGCAGCCGUGCUCGAUCAACUUCGUCUGUCAAUGGCCGACAGGAUCGUUCUCUUGGUGUCUCACCUGUAGAAAGUGAAAAUGAACACAAAACACACCACGGACUCCACCUGUUUGGCUCUCGUAGUAGUGGUCGACGAGCUAGAAAGGAGAUUCCCGAAGGUCUUUGGAAUGAGAAGAACGCAACUAUGAGUAAACAAUCUGUUGCAGACUCGCGCAAUUUAUACCCCAUGGGAGGGUCUUCACAAUCCUUUAAUAGCUUGGCACCUUCAUUAACAAGCACUCGAUCGCUCUUCCAACCUUCAUCACUGCCUACCCGCCCUACUACCCGUGCUAGAUUAAGAAUUCAGCGAUCACACCGGGUUCUGUCCAACCUCUGGCUACUAACAGCUUCUUAUUUCCUCCAGCUCGGUAAAUUAGAAGAAGCUUCCAAGGCAAUUGAGGAGGCUGAAAAUGUCGAAUGGACUACUAGCCCACACGUAUGGUGUAUGCUGGGUCGCCUUCGAUUGGCUCAAGGCCAUUCAGAACUCGCUACCGAGGCGUUCCAAAAGGGUCUUGUGGCUGAUUCUAAUGAUGUGGAUUGUAAAGUCUGGUUGGCCAAAACAUAUAUAGAGAACAAUGAUCUUGAGAUUGCAGAAGGUCUUUUGGAUUCAGUGACCAAGAGCAAUGGCUGGGACUCUGCAGAAGCAUGGUUUUAUCUUGGUGAGGUUUACCGUCAAACUAAUCGACUCGAGCAGACCAAAGAUUGCUUGUUCUACGCUUUGGAUCUUGAAAACACACGACCCAUUCAACCCUUUUCUAUCCUCCCUCGUCAUGUCUAG